CACUUUCUCACUGUGUAAAGCAAAGAAAGACUUUCCAUUGCAGCACCACAGCUGAUUGAUUUACGCAAGGAAGAAGGACAUUUUCAGGUGCAUUCUCAAAAUCCGAAAGAGAAAGAAAAACAAAAUUUAUCGUAAAAGCCUCGCGCAUCUUCGGAAAACAUUUUCCACACAGCUUUAUGCAACAACUCUUCGGUGUUCGGUUUGAAGUGUAUGGUUUGUGAGUUUGGGGUGCUUCCGUUAUGUUCAAUUUCGACGGAGAUUUUCGUCGACGGCCACAGCAAAGUCUCGGCGGAGCAUCGCAGAAAUCGGAUCGACUAAGUAUCAUCCGCAAGGCCCAGCAGGAGCGCCAGAAGCGAGAGGACGCCCGUCGACAGCAGAAUGGGGUCGUCGUCAUCCAGAGUUCUGUGCGCAGCUUUGUUCAGCGACAGAGCGUGAAACGCAAAGAACGUGAGCGUUUCGAUGAAUAUCGGAAGCGCUGUGGGCUGCGGGGUAUGCCCGAUCUGGAAUUUCUCACACGGAGAAUUGUUUUCUUCUACCAUUCAAAGGACGGCAAGGACGGGGACAGGCUGAUUUUCCUCUGUCAGCAUGUGAUUAAAAAUCCGAAAGAGGUACUCGAAGCAGCAAUGUCGCAACCAAUAUGGACAUAUCGCAUUAAGAAACUUUUGGGAUUAUGCGUUCAACAGUUGUUCAAUCCGGAACAUUCACCUACCAUUCCGAUGCGCAUGCUGGAGAUCUACUCGUCCAACACCUGCAUUGAGCGGUAUAUUCCGGUGGAUAAUCCCCAAGCUGGUCGCUGCUAUCUGGAGAACAUAUUCUGCUAUCUAAUACGGCAGAAGUACUUCCGAAUCGUGCGUCAGCUAAUCGAAGAGAAAAUCCCUCCGAUAGACGAGGACACCACAUCAAUUCCGACCCCCAUCGCUGACGCUCUGCUGCAAAUGUUGCUUCGUCCCCUCAGGCUACUGCCGACGGAGAACGAGACAUUCAACAAAGGAAUACUGCAAUCGUUUACGUUCUAUAUCCUGUCGCCAAAUUUCUCGGAACAGGUGAAACACUUUAUCGUGCCCUCGCUGGCGAUGUGUAGCGAUUUUCCGUACGUUUCACUGAUCCGUUACAUUGCGGAGGAGUACCAGGUGCGGCUGGACUAUCAGAAUACGAUUCUGAUAGAUAUUGAUGACGAUCCGAGGGAGGUGGAUGGAUCGAGAACAUUCGAAAGGCCUGGGGGUGAGAGUGCUUGCAAAAAAGCUCGGAAAAUAUCCGAGAGGGAGACAUUGCAGCUGUCCAGCUCGCUGCUGUACGCCGUGAUGAAAUUAGGCGAAAAUCAAUUCGAUAAACUGAACAACGAGCAACUCUACUUGGCUUAUGUAAAAGUGCUUUCAUCGAUGGUGAACAACAUAGUGAAACUUCCACGGCUGGCCAUUGAAACAUAUCAUCAGCGUCACGACGAUUCCAGCGAUUCGGAGUCGGAAACUGAAGACGUUCAAAUGCUGAGCAGUAUUGAGAACCAAACUCUGAUUGACAUUAUCGGCAUGUUGAACGACAACCAACGGGUUGCGCUUGUGGUUAGACAUGUCGAUGACAUUCUGGAUAAGCCUGAUGUUGUUCAGCACUUGUGUUUGAUCUGCCACAAUCUGAUGACGUAUAAUCGGUUGGCAGUGUAUGAAUACAAACUGUUGUACAUGCUAGCUUCAAAGCCUCAGUUUAUUCGUUCGCUAUGGUACAUACUGACUGCACAAACGGCAAAUCAAGGAUUCUCGUCGCCAAUCUCACUGCUAUCGAAAGGAUUAUCCAUUUCAAAAUAUGAAUCUGAUAGAAUUGUACCGAUACUGGCGUCUUUCUGUGCUCUGUUUGGUCGUCUUAUCGCAACGCUUCACGACGGUGAAUUCUGUCAGGAAAAUGUAUUGCCUGGAACGGUUAGUCAAAUUAUGCCAUUCUCGAUGUCCGAGAUCAUCCCGCUCAGUACGACUUUGAAGGAAAUAUCGCUUGGGCUGGUAGAACUUGCGUUCCCCGAGACACGUUCUUCCCUCAAGGACAGCUAUCGGUCCAUGCUGACUUCGCUCAAUAACGAAUCUACCUCCCACUAUCGAUUGAAGUGUGACAUCAACGAGCAAAAUAAGAACGUUUGGCCUCAUCUGCUCAAAGUUUGUGUCUCGUUGCUGCGGCAAAUUCAUACGCGCGACUUGCGGCGAACCUUCUGCCCGGAGGGACAUUGGACGGCACAGAAUUUGAAUCUCCCGCUGGACAAACCCACCGAUCUUCACUUAUCACGUAGCCGUAGAGGGCCGCGACCGUUCCAACCCAUACGGGACUUUACCCGUGAAGAUAUCGAGGAUGGGCCACCCCUUUCAACGAAACAAAUCCGCUCGAUUACCAUAUUACGAGAGAUUCCAUUCGUAGUUGCGUUCAACACCCGCGUUGGGGUAUUCCAGGGUUUGGUGGCGGCCGAUAAGCUGCGAACACAGGGUGAUCUGCAGGGUUUCCUGCAAGGACCGUCCAUACAGCUGACGGUUCGGCGGUCACAUUUGUACGAGGAUGCGUUCGAUAAGUUGAGUCCUUUGAAUGAACCUGACCUCCGACCGAAGUUCCGCAUCGAAAUGGUGAAUUCCGCGGGUAUGCGAGAAGCCGGUAUCGAUGGGGGAGGAGUGUUCCGUGAAUUUCUCUCGGAGCUAAUCAAGACUGCUUUCGAUCCCCACCGUGGUUUCUUUAUGAUCACCAAGGACAACAUGUUGUAUCCGAAUCCAAGCGUGGGUAAAAUAGUGGAAGACUACCAGCGCCAUUACUACUUCAUCGGGCGCAUCCUGGGGAAAGGACUGUACGAGAAUCUACUAGUUGAACUCCCGCUGGCGGAGUUUUUCCUCUCUAAGCUGGCCGGAAAACAUUCCGAUGUAGACAUCCAUCAGUUGGCGUCACUCGAUCCGGUGUUGCACAGGAAUCUGAUGUCGUUGAAGGCUUACGAAGGAGACGUUACGGAUCUAGGGUUAGAUUUUACGAUAGUCUGUGAUGAACUGGGUGAAACCAGGAUAGAAGAGCUGAAACCGAAUGGUGCCAACAUCACUGUGAGCUCGUCCAACCGGCUCGAAUACAUCCAACUGAUGGCGGACUUCAAGCUCAACAAGCAGAUUCGCUCCCAGUGUCUUGCGUUCCGGCAGGGGUUGGCGAAUGUGUUGCCAAUCGAGUGGUUGUACAUGUUUAGCAAUAAAGAGCUGCAGGUACUGAUUUCGGGAGCCGAAAUCCCUGUGGAUGUAAACGAUCUGCGACAAAACACCCGAUACGGGGGUGACUUCACUCUGGAACAUCACACGAUUCAGUUGUUCUGGAAGGUGGUGGAAGAGUUUGGAGAUAUCCAGCGACGACAGCUGCUAAAGUUCGUCACCAGCUGCUCUCGGCCGCCUCUGUUGGGUUUCAAGGAUCUGGAUCCGCCUUUUUGUAUACAGAAUGCUGGUGACACCGACCGUCUUCCAUCGGCUAGCACGUGUAUGAACCUGCUGAAACUGCCCGCGUUCGAGAAAGAGGACACGCUAAAGGAGAAGCUACUAUACGCGAUUCAGAGUGGCGCCGGAUUCGAGCUUAGCUAAAGAUUUUUGACGCGGUAAUCGGAUGUAAUAUGGUGUGAUUUGUCAGUCGUUUCCUCUGUGUUGGUGUAAUUUUCUGUACGCGAAGGGUUGGAAUGAUUUUUCUUCGUGCUUCUUUUAUUUUACACGCUUGUGUAGAAACUCUGGCUCUGGAGCUACCCUGCGAUAGGUGUAUAUCUAUGUGUUUCUGAACGUGAUGAAAAAGAUUAUAUUGCUAUGAUUAUAUUUAUUUCGUGAGACUA